AGGAGGCCUCUCUGGAAGCCCCACUGCCCACCCGCCGAUAGCUGAGAGGCGCCAGGGGGAGAAGAGCUCUGCAGUUUGCAGGCUGCUCCGAUCUAGGCCUCAUUGCCGAUCCUAGGCCAGAGCUGGAGAAGCUCUAGAAACUCCAGCCGUCCUUCGGUGCUGCCAUGGAUCUCUUGGGGAGCCUCCUGGUCCUCUGCCUCUCCUGUCUGUUUGUCCUGGCCGUGCGGAGGAAGAGGGCCAAGCACCAGAACCUCCCCCCUGGCCCGACAACCCUGCCGCUUAUCGGGAACCUCCUACAGCUGAAGACCAAGAACCUUAUGGAACCCCUGCAGAAGAUGUGUGAAAAAUACGGACCCGUGUUCACCGUGUAUUUUGGCCCAGAGCGGGUGGUGGUUCUCCACAGUUAUGAGACAGUGAAGAAAGUUUUGGUCGAGCACGGAGCUGAGUUCACCGACCGAGGCAGCUUCCCAGCAGCAGAUAAGACCAACAAAGGAUUUGGUAUCAUCAUGACCAGUGGUGAGCGUUGGGUUCAGCUCCGUCGUUUCUCCCUCACGACCUUGAGGGACUUUGGGAUGGGUAAGAAAAGCAUCGAGGAGCGAGUCCAAGAGGAGGUCAAGCACCUGGUGAUGGAACUCCGGGCCAAAAACGGCCAGCCCUUCAACCCAGCGUCCCUUUUCAGCUCCGCUACUUGCAAUGUGAUCAGCCACAUCCUCCUUGGAGAAAGGUUCGAUUACCAAGAUCAUGAGUAUCUCCAAAUGCUUCAGUGGAUCGUUGAAAGCUUCUGGCUUGCAAGCUCCGCUGCAGGGCAGCUCUACAACCUCUUCCCCAGGAUCAUGGAUUACUUGCCUGGCCCUCACCAAACCUACUUCAAAAACAUCUUCAGCAUUCAAGACUUGAUAGCCCACAAGGUGAAAGACCACGAGGGAACCUUAGAUCCCAACAAUCCUCGGGACUUCAUAGAUUGCUUCCUCCUCAAGAUGGAGCAGGAAAAGCACAAUCCCAAGACUGAGUUUACUAGGGAGAACUUGAUUAUGACAGCUUUUGACAUAUUCCUUGCCGGGACGGAAACCACCAGCACCAGCCUGAGAUACAUCCUCAUGGUCCUGACUGAACACCCAGCGGUAGAAGCAAAGGUCCAUGAGGAGAUAGACCGGGAGAUCGGCUGUGAGCGGCUUCCUGCCUUGAAGGACCGUCCUCAGAUGCCAUACACAGAAGCCGUCCUGCAUGAGGCCCAGCGGUUUCUUGAUUUCGUCCCUUUAGGAAUUAACCGUAUUGCAAGACGAGACUUUGAUAUUGAAGGCUUUACCAUACCAAAGGGAACCACCAUCUUCCCCAUGCUGACUGCUGCAUUGCAUGACCCCAAACAAUUUAAAAAUCCACAUCAGUUUGACCCAGAAAAUUUCCUGGACGAAAGAGGAGCCUUCAAGAAGAAUGGAGCCGACAUGUCUUUCUCUGCAGGGAAGAGGAGCUGCCUAGGAGAGGGCUUGGCCCGCAUGGAGCUCUUCUUAUACCUCACCAGCAUCCUGCAGAACUUUCAUCUCAAGCACCCUCCAGGAGUCACCAAAAUCGACCUCUCACCGGAUGUCAGUGGGGUUGGGAAUGUGCCCCGCCAAGUCCAGAUCUGUCUCUGCCCACGCUAAUCAAUGCCCAUCCACCCUAUGACAUUGCUAGUGGGCCCUCAAGGACCUCCACCUUAUCUCACUGAUUCACUAUACAGCUAUGAAAUAUGUAAACUUUUUGUUUUAAGUUUCACUCUAAUUUUGAGUUUUGAAAGAACUGGCAGCACCCUCUGCUGGUGGACACAUAGAUAUUCAAAAGUUCCAGACUGACAGUUCCUUUGUCUGCAGACUGGAUUAUUUUUGAUGCCCUGGUGGUUGCUAUCAUGGUUACCACUCUUAUGAAAACCAUGGCAUCACAUCUAAGCUGCAGAAAAGCUUGUUUCUACAGAGAAAAUGUCAGGCUAGUUACUAGUAUUUUCUUAUGUUUAUGCCUUGAACAGAUUCAGUGAAGAAAACAAGGACUUUAUCAAUGAUUUGGAAAUGUACACCCGCUCCCACAAAGCAGAAGCAAAUACAUUAACAUGCUUUAAAAGACACAAAUUUGUGCUCUUUAAAAAAUUACAUUUUCCUACCAAGUUUGAAAAGAUUUUUAAAUUGCCCUACAAAUACUUCCUUGGUAAAAGGUAAAUUGGGCUGUCAAGUCGGUGUCGACACCUGGCAUCCACAGAGCCCUGUGGUUGUCUUUGGUAGACUACAGGAGGGGUUUACCAUUGCCUCCUCCUGUGCAGCAUGAGAUGAUGCAUAGGAACAUAGGAAGCUGCCAUAUACUGAGUCAGACCAUAGUUUCAUCUCGCUCAGUAUUGUCUACAAAAACUGGCAGCAGCUUCUCCAAGGUUGCAGGCAGGAAUCUCUCUCAGCCCUAUCUUGGAGAAGCCAGGGAAGGAACUUGGAGCCUAGAUGCUCUUCCCAGAGUGGCUCCAUCCCCUAAGGGGAAUAUCUUACAGGGCUCACACUUCUAGUCUCCCUUUCGUAUGCAAACAGGGUGGAUUCUGCUUAGCUUAAGGGGACAAGUCAUGCUUGCUACCACAAGACGAGCUCUCUUCCCUUUUCAGCAUCUUCCUAUAUUGCUGCUGCCUGAUAUAGUACCAGCAGGGAUUCGAACCGGCAAUCUUCCGCUUGUUAGAAGGGGAGAAAAAAGCUUUUCAGAUAUGGAGGAAAGAUACUGCUGAGAAAUAUUAUGCCCAUGUUGGGUUGGGCACAGGCCACUGAUGGAUAAUAAAUAUAUGGUGGUAGAAUUUAUUGACUUUUGCAAAUACUGAGAGGAUUAACCUUUGCUGACAUUAAUGAAGACAUCUUGAAUUGAUUAUAAAUACCUGAAUUUAAACUAAGCUGCAACAAAUUAUGUAUUAUUAUGUAUUAUGCUCCUUUGACCAUAAUACAGCUGAAAUAGGUGUGGAAUUUUAUUCUAAUAGUACAUCUCCAUGAAUGGAAGUGGUGAUUAUUAUAAGAAAUGUUCUAUUCAGUUAUCGACUGUUGCCUAAAUAGUUGAAUAAUAUCACAUAUAAAUGUAAAAUGGCUGAUUUGUGGAAGAAAUCAAAAAGUAGAAUUAAUUGGAAAACAAGGGAAAGAACUUUCUAAAUCUUGUGAAAAUAGACUUACAUCGCUUUUAAACCAGGACAACCCCAGUAAUGUUUUGGAUAUCUUUUUCAAGUAUUCAGUCUCUCAGAAACCUUUGAAGAGAAUUAUCGCAUCAUAGGAGAAGACCUGUGGUCUCCCAUGAGAAAGAUUUAUUCCACAGCAUUGAAGUUCUGAAGAUCUAAUUGGUAUUUUAUGAUAUAUUAUUGGAUCUGCAAGUUUGCUUUAUGGAUUCUUAGUUAAACAUUUGUCUCUAGCGCUGGCAAGAAAAAAAUGUCUGUUUCCCUUCCUAAUGCCCCCCUCCCUACUAACCUUCCUCCUUUAUACUAAGCCCCAACCUUUACACAAACUAGUUAUCAGGCAUGACCCAGGCCACAUAGGGGCCAAUUGCAGAAGCAUGGCGGCCUCCAAAAUGGCUACCGCGCUGGAGGGGAAAGGCCUGAAUGGGCCGAUGAGCCAGCCGAACAGGCCAGUUUGGGCAGUAAGGGAGGCUGGCAGGGGGGAGGGGGAACCUCUCCAGACCCCCCACCUCCACCACCUCAAGCAACUCCCCCAGAGAGGGUAAGUUUGAAAAAUAUAUAUAUAUUUUUUUAAUUUAAAAAAUUGCAAAAACAAACAAACAAAACAAACCACGGGUAGGGUGUUCAAGGCGGUGCCGGACUGAACUGGUCUGGUUCAGACUCGAACCAAACCAGACUAGCCGGUUCUGUGCACACCCCUACAAUGCAGAUUCAAGUGAGCUUUUGAGUUAACUUCAAGGUUUCUUUGCCUAAAGACUGACCCUGUUAAAAAAAAACAACAACCCACCCUUUGGUUGCCUAAAACAAGCUAAACCUCACCUCAGCAGGAAAGUAGGUAAGGUUCUACGAACACUGCUCCCCUCCACAACAAAAGAGGAUAAUGACCACAGAAACUCAGGAGAUGUGCUCAUUAAAAACCUGAUAGGUUUAUUGGGUCUUUUCAACCUGACAGAUAAGCCCUUGCAUGUCCAUUCGGUCUAUUUACAUACAAAUUGUUUUUAACCUUUUCACGCCAUUGUGCUUACUCUUGCACAUCCAACAAAGGCAAUGGAUUCUUUUGAGAUCCACAGGAAUUCCCCUCCUCAGGUAGGAGGAACUGUCAGCAUUUUGCCCCAGGGCACAUUUUGGGCUAUAACUGGCCCUAGUUUCAUGAACCAGUGUCCUUCCCUUGGUCUCUAUAACUUGGAGCCACCCACAGUUUGGGCAAUUGACCUGACACCCACCAUAACAUCAGGCUGGGUCUUUCUCUUUGCACCAUUCCUGCUCUCAGCCUCCAGAUCGGCCUUCUUCACUGGCUCAGUCAGCACAACACACCUCACUGCUACGAGAAGCUGGCCACAUAAGACCAGACCCCUUUGGGAUUUACCCCUGCUGCCUAACCCCCGAACAGCAUUUGGUUCUCUACUGCUGCCUCCCGGUUUCUGGUCCGUUUCUGAGAAAAGAAGUCUUUUGGUUGUACCUGAGCCAUAAGGAAGGAGUGAGAUAGCAUAAUAACCACUGCAUCCCUCUGGGCUUCUCCCUAUUCCUGUUCUUUCCUAAAUCCAGAAACCUGUUUCUCUAAAGCCUCCUUUCUCUAGCCAGCCUGGAGUCAUCUAAUUCGGACACCAAGCUAAAUUGCCUCUUUGCAAGCUACCUGUUUCAUCUCUGUGAUGUAUUUUAGUAAAAAUAUUGCCUUUUCCCACUGUACCCCUAAACCCUUAAAUAAACUGAUUGUAUUCGUGAA